UGAAAAUGCCUCUCCAGGUGGAUGAAAUAAUGCGCCUCUUGUGCCACAUUUCCGGAGAACAGAAAAUGAAAGCCGCAGUGAAGCACUCUGCCAGGGGCGCUCUGGCCGCCGGCACCGGGGCUUUCCUGGGAGGUCUGUUCGGAGGACCUCCCGGCAUCGCAGUCGGAGGUGCUGUAGGGGGAUUAUUGGGCGCCUGGAUGUCCAGCGGUCAGUUCAAGCCGGUCCCUCAGAUUCUUAUGGAGAUGCCCCCCAUCCAGCAGCAGAACCUGUGUGACAACGUCUACGCCAUCAUCGGCAACCUGGACUGGACCGACGCUAGUCAUCUCAUCAUGCUGGUCAUGGGCAAUGCCUCUUUACAACAGAAUGUGGCAGCAGCGCUCAUCAACUUCGUGUCCCAGGAGCUGAAAGCAGAGAUCCAGUAUGGAGACUAGAGGGCUGCGCAGCCUGCAUU